AUGGAUGACGAUGUAUCACUGGACACGACCAAAAUCCGGGACUGGCGAUCCAUUGUGACGCUUGUCGUCUUCGUUCUCACGAAUAUUAAUGUGCUUUUCCCGUUUCACAUACCAUUUUUCAUACCGCGAAAAGUGUGGAAUGGGAUGGUAGAUGCUUUGAGUUUCAUCAGAAUCAUUCCGCCGAGAAACUCUACAUCACAGUAUGAGGCAGAUGGCGAUAAUGAAAAUGGCAAGGUUAAGCCUUACGUCAGGCUGAAUUUCCCCAUGAACUUUGUUACUGCGCCAUUGAUAGCGGAUCUUUUCUUGCUCGCCAUUCUGGCUAUCGGACGCAAAGAAGUGCAUGAUGGCACGCUCGGCGCUGACAAUAUCUCUCCCAUUGAUAUUAUGGCAUUCUUUAUUACUCUGGCAUACAUCGCCAUUUCUAUCGAUGCAUCUGGAUUGAUUCGAUAUCUUGCCUUCAAGGUCCUGCAAUGGGGAGGCAAAGUUGGACACCGCCUGUUCUUCUUCCUCUACUCCUUCUUCUUCCUUCUUGGCAGCUUUAUCGGGAACGAUCCAAUUAUUCUCUCUGGCACAGCUUUUCUCGCCUACAUGACAAGGGUUUCCAGCAACAUUGUCCAUCCUCGAGCGUGGAUUCACACCCAAUUUGCGGUAGCAAACAUCGCUUCGGCUAUUCUUGUAUCCUCCAAUCCAACAAACUUGGUCCUUGCUGGAGCUUUCCAAAUCAGAUUCAUCAACUACACAGCGAACAUGAUUGUUCCGGUUGUAGUGACUGCCGUUGUGCUUUUCCCGUUUCUUCUAUACAUUGUCUUCGCGAACGAGGCCCUCAUCCCAUACUCAAUUAAAAUGCACGAAUUACCGCCAGAGGCCAGGACCAAGAAACCGGUCAAUCCAAAUAUCCCGCAUGCCCGUGGACAGAUGGAAGAAGAGGAAAACAAUGCGUCCAAUGACGAGCAAACCAAACUGCUUUCACUUGAAGAGAUUAUGAACCCGUUCUUGGAUAAAGGGGGUGCAGCAUUUGGUGCUGUCAUCAUGGCGGCCACUCUUAUAACGGUUUUGGUCAUCAAUGCCGUCAGCACCGGUACGGAGGCUCACCCUGUUUUCUGGGUAACGCUACCCGCCGCGUUCGUGAUGUUUUGUUGGGAUAUUGGCUUUGGUUGGUAUCAUCGUGAGGAAACAAGACAAAUUGCUCGCAGAGGCCGGCUAGAGGUUGAGAAUGCACGAGCGGAGAGAGCACUCCGGGAAGCUGAGCAAGCAAGAUCUUUGGAUGAGAAUGCAAUCAAUGGAGGCGCACAUGCGUACGAGCUCAAGGAGCAUCCCUCAAACACUGCACAGGAUAAGAAUGGCUCGGGUGGUGUAAACGCGGCAAUUCCCUCGCCGCCCGCAAUUCUUGUAUCCGAAAACACUGACGGCACAGCGAUUGUUACCACAUCUUCUUCCGAGUCGGUGGCAUCACUGCCAACGCCGAUAGGUGAGGAUCAAAAAGGGAAGACGAUGGCAGACGAUGAGAAGUCGACUGUAUACCAAAACUCUAAGCUAGACCGUAUUGCAUCUGCAUCUCCAACUCCAGGGAUGUUUGUGUCAUCUUCUAGCGGCGAAGUUGACGAGCACAGACGUGCAUCACGAGAAUUGUCAUUUCAUCAGGCAGAUGGCCCCGCAAACCUGGUUUCGCUAGCAAAAGAUGGCUUCAGGUGGUGCCAGGAGACAUUCCCUACAGCAGCAGCGGUGCUCCUGCAUUUGCCAUUUGCUCUAGUUCCAUUUGCAUUCUCCAUGUUUGUGUUGGUGCAAGCACUGGUAACCAAAGGUUGGAUCCCUGUGUUUGCCUACGGUUGGGAUCACUGGGUAAAGAAGACUGGAACAGUUGGUGCCAUUGGCGGAAUGGGAUUUCUCUCCGUUGUGCUUUGCAAUUUUGCCGGCACAAACAUUGGCACUACGAUCUUGCUAUCCCGAGUCAUUCAAACAUGGCAAAAGAUCAAUACUGUGAACCAGACAGACAUCAGUGACCGCACGUUCUGGGCUACCGUGUACAGCAUGGCCAUUGGGGUGAAUUAUGGCGCAUUCAGUACGGCGUUCAGCGCGUCGCUGGCCGGACUCCUUUGGAGAGACAUCUUGUCUCGCAAGCACAUCCACGUGCAAGGACUUGAAUUCGCCCGUGUCAACCUCCCAAUCAUCGCGAUUGCCAUGAUCGUUGGCUGCGCCGUUUUGACCGGUCAAGUGUAUAUUGUGCGAAGUGAUAGACCUUACAAUCACAGUUAG